CCCUCUAUAUAAGAGAGCCAAGCAAAGCCCCAGGCAGAGCCAGGAGGAUGCAGACUGCUGGGCUCCUCAGCUGGUGAGCUGCCCAGGCGCUCAGCAGAAACUUUCACCCUCUCUUCCGCCCUGAAUGUGCUCCCCAACAUGGAGGCUAUAAGUUUCUUCAUCUUGGUGGGAUUUAUAGCAGAGUUACCAGUUUUUUCAAGUGCCUCUUCUCCCGUCAAUUGCCAGUGGGGUUCCUUCGGCCCUUGGUCAGAAUGCAAUGGCUGCACCAAGUCUCAGACUCGCAGGCGGAUGAUUGAUGUUUAUGCACAGUAUGGUGGCCACCCUUGUGCCGGAAGUGCUUUUCAGACACAAGCGUGUAAACCUACACAAGGAUGUCCAACGGAAGAGGGAUGUGGACAGCGUUUCAGGUGUUUUUCAGGCCAAUGCAUCAGCAAGUCACUGGUUUGCAACGGGGAUUCUGACUGUGAUGAAGAUGGCGCCGAUGAGGAUGGAUGUGAGGACACAGACAGCAGACGUUCCUGUGACCUCGAUAAACCUCCUCCCAACAUUGAACUUACUGGAAAUGGUUACAAUGCACUCACCGGCCAGUUCCGGAGCAGAGUCAUCAACACGAAGAGUUUCGGCGGCCAGUGCAGAAAGGUGUUCAGUGGGGAUAAACCAGACUACUACAGGCUGAGCGCCAAUGUCCUCUCCUACACAUUUGAGGUGAAAAUAAAUAAUGACUUUAAUUAUGAAUUUUACAACAGUAGCUGGUCUUAUGUAAAACAAACAUCCACAGUGACUUCAUCAUCUACAAGGAAACGCUCCUUUUUCGGAUUUUCAUCAUCAUCUUCUUCUUUAUUCAAUAGUAAUUCAAAUUACCAGGAAAAUCAGAAGAAAAAGAGUUAUCAAUUGCUGGUUCUUCAGAACACUGUGGAAGUGGCUCAGUUCAUCAAUAACAAUCCGGAAUUUUUACAACUCGCUGAGCCGUUCUGGAGGGAACUCUCCUACCUCCCCUCUCUGUACGACUACAGCGCCUACCGACAAUUAAUCGAAAAGUAUGGGACACAUUUUCUGCAGUCUGGAUCCUUAGGAGGAGAGUACAAAGUUCUCUUUUACGUGGACACAGAAAAAAUGAAACAAAGUGGUGUUUCAUCAAUAAGUAUGAAGGAAUGUUCAUCCAAAAGUGCCAACUUUGUGUUUGUUCAACAUUCUUCAAGCAAAUGCAAGGAGCUGGAAAAUGCUUUAAAAUGGGCUUCAGGAACUCAGAGCAACGUGUUGCGAGGGGACCCAUUUGUCAGAGGGGGCCGUCCAGGCUUGGUGUCUGGCCUUAGUUUCCUGGAGCUGGACAAUCCUGCUGGGAACCAGAAGCGGUAUUCCUCCUGGGCGGGCUCCGUGCCCGAUCUUCCCGCGGUCAUAAAGCAGAAGCUGACACCUUUGUAUGAGCUGGUGAAGGAGGUCCCCUGUGCCGCGGUGAAGAGACUCUACCUGAGACGGGCUCUGGAGGAAUACCUGGAUGAGACCGACCCCUGCCACUGCCGGCCCUGCCAGAACGGGGGCCUCGCCGCGGUGGAGGGCACCACGUGCCAGUGCCACUGCAAGCCGUACACGUUUGGGGCGUCCUGCGAGUAUGGCGUCCUUGUGGGGGACGAAGCAGGAAAGGUGGACGGAGGUUGGAACUGCUGGUCCUCUUGGAGCCCCUGUGUUGAAGGAAGGAGAACAAGGCGCCGUGAAUGCAAUAACCCACCUCCCAGUGGGGGCGGGGAGUCCUGUAUUGGAGAACCGUCGGAGAGCAGGCAGUGCGGAGAGGAAGAUGAGGAGCUGAAGAAUCUUCGAUUGCUUGAACCCCAUUGUUUUCCUUUGCCUUCAGGUCCAACGGAAUUCUGUCCACCACCCCCUGCUUUGGACAACGGAUUUGUUCAAAAUGAAGAUACCACGUUUCCUGUUGGGAAAAACAUAGUCUAUACCUGCAGGGAAGGAUACUCUCUGGUUGGAGACCCUGUUGCCAGAUGUGGAGAUGACUUACAGUGGGUCACUGGGGAAAGGCAUUGUCAGAGAAUUGUCUGUGUUCUACCAACACUGAUGGAUGGCAUACAGAGUCAUCCCCAGAAACCUUCCUACGCAAUUGGCGAGAAGGUGACCUUUUCCUGUUCGCAUGGCAUGUCAUUAGAAGGUCCUUCGACAUUUAUCUGUGGAUCCAGCCUUAAGUGGAGUCCUGAGAUAAAGGAUGUCCAAUGUGUCCAUAGAGAUGGCCCUGUGACACAGGCAGUGCCUCAGUGUCAGCCCUGGGAGAAAGUGAAGAAUUCCAGAUGUGUUUGUAAAAUGCCCUACGAAUGUCGGUCCUCCUUGGGUGUAUGUGCUCGGGACGAGAAAAACCAAAGGAUACUGCCUCUGACGGUUUGCAAGGUGCAUGCCCUCCAAUGUCAGGGUAAAAACUUCUCCCUGAUGGGCUCAGAGAGCUGUGCUCCCCCGGCCUCCGCCAAGAAGGCGUGCGGCGCGUGUCCAUUGUGGGAGAAAUGCGAUGCCCAGAGCAGUGCGUGUGAAUGCAGAGAAGCCUCGGAGUGCCAGGAGGAAGGCAGCACGGUCUGCGUGGACGUGGACGGCGCCAAGCGGACGAUGACCGAGUGCCAGGCUGGUGUCCUGAUGUGUCGAGGACAGAGCGUCUCCGUCACCAGCAUAGAGCCCUGCGAGGGGGGACCCCAGUAGGCGCCGGGCUGCUGUUGGCUUGCUCGGGAUCAGCCACCGCUGUGGCUGCACUGAGACAUCAGGUCACUGAGCACUUCAGACAGCGUCUCUCUGGUGGAGGCGCAUUCUCUCUCCAUCCCUCCAGGGCCCCCUGCUCCCCUCGGCUCCCCGCCACCUGCCUAAGCCAAACCCGACUCAGAUCCUCGUUCUCUUCUUCCUAAAACAUCAGUCAGGAUGGAGAAUAGCCAUGCGCCUCUGCAUGUUCUUGGAAACGUUGCUAACUUCUCUGGACCUUGACUUUCAAUGGGAAAAUUAAAGGGUUGCUCCCUUCAAGCCUAUGAUUCUUUCCAGUCUGAUUGGCCCCGCCCAGGGGCCCCAACACACUCUGCAAAUUGAUUAGGAAACAGGAAGAUUAGAGAGGCGGGCCUCCCCCAGUGAAACCAAAUACAAAGGGGACCUUGAAUGGGAAAAGGCAGGUGCAAUCAUUCCAUCCCAAGAAGCACACCUGUGCUUCACCCUAUUGGCUCAUGUAGGAGUCCUUUCAGGAGAUUGAAAUAUGAAUUGUCGGUGCCAAACUCAACAUGCUCUAUGCAUGGGCAGCUUCUGCCUUUUUGUCUGAGAACACAUACAACUCAGUCUUCUUUGUUGUUUUUUUUUUUUAGUAUGAGUCAAACACAAGACCUGCAAUUUGCCCCUCUCACCCUUUUUCCUUGGUAGGAAGCAUCACGUUCAUGCCUGUAUGGCAUGCUUGCAUGUUAUAGAGAACAGUUUUCUCUGAUGUGGGUACACACCGAGAUUUUUCAGGGAGCCGUAGAGGUAGAUCAAUUUGAAGCAUUGGCAUUCAAUUUAUUCCUUAUCAAAACAAAACAAAAAGAAAAUAGCUGUGGGAGAUGAAAUGAGUGGGUUUAAAUGGAAUUUAAAAUAUGCUUUUUUAUAUGCAAAUAAUAUUUCUGUAUUUUUUCUGAUACUGAUAAAUACAUUGCAACAAAACUUUAGUUAAAAUGACAAUGAUUAAAAUACUAAUUGAAG